GGGCGUGUUAACUACCCGCCGCCCUUGUACGAAGAAGAAAAGCAGCGCUGAAGAAGAAGGCGUGUACAGCAGCCUUUUGGCUCAUCUCGUAACAAACCCAGUUUGUGUGAUAGUUGGCAGUAAAACAGCAACCGUGCCCCGCCGCGCCCCCACCCCCAGCGGAGCCGUCAUGUGGCAGGAGGCCCGCAAACACGAGCGCAAGCUCCGUGGCAUGAUGGUUGACUACAAGCGGCGAGGGGAGCGUCGCCGAGAGUACUACGAGAAGAUAAAAAAAGAUCCAGCCCAGUUCCUUCAGGUUCAUGGACGAGCCUAUAAGAUUCACCUAGAUCCUGCUGUGGCGCUAGCUGCAGAGUCUCCUAUCAACAUGAUGCCCUGGCAAGGAGAUGCCAACAACAUGAUUGACAGGUUUGACGUGAGGGCUCACCUGGACUACAUCCCCACCUACACGCCUGUGGUGCUCAGCUCCAUAACUCCAGAUCUAGAAAUGGAGGAGAGGAGGUGCAAUUAUGAGCGCUACAGAGGCCUGGUGCAGAACGACUUUGCCAACAUCUCCGAGGAGCAGUGUUUGUACCAGAUCUAUGUGGAUGAGCUUUAUGGUGGCCUGCAGAAGCCAAAUGAGGACGAGAAGAAAAAGCUGGCUGAGAAAAAGGUUGCCAUCGGAUACACGUACGAGGACAGCACCGUAACAGAACCUGACCCGGCAUCUGACAAAGACGAGGACAAUUCAGAGAACAGCGAGUCUGAAGAGGAUGAGGUUAUCCCAGAUAUCGACGUCGAGGUUGACAUUGACGAACUGAACCAGGAGCAGGAAACGGAACUCAACAAAACGGCCACUCCCUACGGAAUGGUCCAAGGAGACUUUGUCAGGAUGUUGAGGAAGGACAAAGAGGAAGUGGAGGCCAUCAAGCAUGCCAAGGCACUGGAGGCAGAGAAAGCCAUGUACUCUGGCCGCCGUUCUCGACGACAAAGGAGAGAGUUCAGAGAGAAAAGACUAAAAGGUCGACAGAUCAGCCCGCCCAGCUACGCCAGGAGAGACAGUCCAACAUACGAUCCUUACAAACGGUCCGUGUCAGAAUCCAGCUCAGAGUCUCGCUCUCGUUCUCGGACGCCCGGUCCAGAGAAGAUCACCUUCAUCACCAGCUUUGGAGGCAGCGAUGACGAAACGGCCGCAGCAGCACAAGCCGGUGCCCCCCACGCUGGUCACGCCUCCUCCAACGCGCAACACCCUGCAGGUCAUAGCAGGGGCUCCCGGAGACGAAGGUCCUCAUCCAGUCGUUCCCCGUCAUACUCCUCCUCACGCUCGUCAUCACCAUCCUCCUCGUCCUCCCGUUCACGCCGCAACCGGCGAGGACGGCGGGGAAGGGACGGACGUCGUUCUCAUUCCCGCCUGAGACGAUAUUCCCGAUCCUACUCGCGUGACAGGGGAGCAUCCCGAAAAAGACGUGACCGAUCGCGAUCCAACGGUCAUGACCGAGAGAGGGCGAGAGACAAGGAGAGAAGACGAUACACUUCAAGAAGACGAACAAGAUCCCGCUCCAGCUCACGACAGGGGGUUUCCUCGCGGCGAAGCGUCCGGCGCAGUGGAAGUCACCGGCGCGGCGAAAGUGUCAGUCGCAGUCCCUCGCCGUCCCCCAGCCGUCUCAACCCCAGCCCCUCCCCCGAACAAAGAGGACCCCCUGUUCCUUCAAAAGCAAUUACCGACAAACUAAGAAAGCCUGAAACACCGUGUGGUAAAAAGACGGGAGCUGCCAAAUCCAAGCUGACGCCGCAGGAGAAGCUCAAAUUACGUAUGCAGAAGGCCCUCAACAAGCAGUCCAAGGCGGAUAAGAAAGCAGCCCAGGUGAAGAUCCAACAACAGGAGCAUAAACGACAGGAGCGAGAGGGAGAACUGCGAGCCAUGGCACGCAAGAUACGCAUGAAGGAGCGUGAGCGGCGCGAGAAAGAGCGGGAUGAAUGGGAGCGACAGUACGGCCGGCAGAGCCACUCGCCCUCUCCCUCCAAAUAUGGCCGAGAUUCCAGCUCAUCCAGAAGGAGGUCUCGCUCUCGUUCUCGCUCAUGUUCCCGCUCCAGCUCUCGCUCCAGGAGUCCGUACAGCCGAUACUGACCAGACCUGUUGAAAUAAUGGAAGUCAUUGGCGCAAAGCGUUUCAACGAUAAAGCAGAAGAUUCUGUAGGACGUGGCGGUAACGUUGUUGACAAACACAUCUGCACCUCAAACAAGUUAUUGCCAACUUUGACCUCCUUGCUAAUUUCUCCUUUUUCGCUGUCAACUGCUGCAGGUUAUUAAACUGGUUUGUUGUUUUUUUGACCUUUGCAUGCAGUCAUUACGUUUUUCUUUCUGAACAGUUCCUUGAAGAGACUCAUAUUUCCGAACGGGGUUUGUCAAAUUAAGCACCUUGCCUUUGGCUUAAACGUCUUCCUCCCUAACACCCGACAAAACAUUUUUACAAGGAAUCUAACCCCGAAUUAAUGAGAUCCUUAAUUGCUCUUUUUCUAAACCUGUCUGCUGGCACAUCCAAAUAAAAGUGAUCAUGAAACAAAAUGAAGA